CACAGUUCCUUUCUUGGCUCAGUGUUACAUGGAAAAACACACAAAUUUACACAGAUAUCAGUGAAUCAGGGAAACCCCUCGGGCACAGAUUCUCCACUAACAUGAGUCAGACCCAGUCUGGCUCACCUCCAUGUGAGACAUGAAGACAUUUGUGGACUGAGACAGUCUUGUUGAAGCAACCAUCGCUGAUAAAGUGGAAAGAGAGGAGACUCCUCACACUUUCGCUUCCGCUGUGUGGCAGCCAGGUUGGGAUGAUGUGCUAGCAUGGGAAUGAAAAACUAUCAGGCCACAACCAGGUGAAACAGGACAAUGACUUUUGAUCUCAACUUCUUGCCAAUACACAGAUCACACCAACUUUUAAAGUCAGUGUGGGAGAUAAGCUCUUGGUGCUGGCCUGGUUCAGUCACGGAAGGAGUGCUGUCACCCUCCAGGGGAUGGCUGCGCCGGUUCUUACUGCUGAAGCUGGUGACGGUGCUGCUGUUCCCGCAUGGAGCAGGCAUCCCCCUGCUGGUGGGCUGUAUGUUGAGUCUGCGAGCUCUGCUACUGCUUCGCUCCCCUCGCAUCUCCACCAAGCCCUCCAAUGUGCUCCUGGGCCAGCUGGCUCUCUCCGACUGUCUUGUUCUGCUGCAGUGGGUGCUCUGGCUGGGAGCGACGUUGGCCUGGUGGAUGGAGGAGGUGGGCUGUGAGGAUGGGACGGGCCUCACAAAGAAAGGGGAUUCAGUUUGGUGGAGGGAGGCUGUGAGUGUGCUCUGUCAGCAGCUGCUUGACGCUCACCACCUGGCCUCUCUGCUCCUGCUGGGGCUGCUGGGGCUGGAGGCUACACUAGUGUCACGUUGGCCUCAGCAGACUCGGAGUUUCAGGACUUCUCACUGGGCUCAGCUCAGCUGCAGCCUGGUCUGGAUACUCGUGCUGCUAGAACUCAUAAUAUCCCUCCACUCAAAGCUUUUGCAGGACUUCAGACUUCAGACUUACUCCUCAACACUACAAGACUCUCAAACUUCAUUUAUGGGUUUGGUGCCUCCUCCCUCCCUUCCUGUUUUCGCCCCCUGUCUGAGGAAGACAUUAUGGCUGGUGAAUUUAUGGCUGCAUUAUGCUGUCUUCUAUAGUAAACCACAGAGGAGAAAGAGCUCCUUUCAUUAAAAGCUUUGGCUGUGAAAUAACAUACAACUGCCUAUUCUUUGCUAUUUUAAUAUUUGUUAUUUAUAUAAUAAAACAAUAUUUAAUAUAUCUAGGUGGAUAUCAUGAGUAGGAUGUCUUUAUAUGGGCGUUGCAGUGAAACUAUGUAACUUCACACAUACUGUGCACUUUCACUUUUGAGAUGAAAUGUUACAUGACAUGCUGGCACAAGUGGCAUAGAGUCAAAAAAGUCUGUGAACUGACUCAGUGUCUCAAGUGUCAGUUACACAGUAUAACUGAAAUUUGCUAAAAUUCACCAGAGUGUACUGAAGAGAGAAACAGUGGCAAUGCUCAUUUAUUAUUAUUUAUUACCUGACUUGCCAUUUAUAAAAGCAAGACUGUGUUAUUUCUUUAUUCAUGAGUUACACAGUUUCAACUUUAAGAGGCCAUUCCAAUGAAUAUGUGACACUGGGCCCAUAGAUAUUGUGAAAUGUGGAAUUUUCAAGGAAAUGUUUCCUCAGUUUACAUUUGAGAUGCUUGUAAAGUAAACUGAUUUCUCAUUAAACAGUGAGCGAUUAUGAUCUGUUACAUAUUGUAAACACACUCUCUCCACUGAGCCCAGAGAAAAAAACAGCUCUAAUCACACUGCAACAUGUCAAGUAGAAUUUCAUUAAAUGUUGCUCCUCACAGUUUCUAAUGUGUCUUCUGUUUAUAUAUCAUGUCUUUCUUGCUGACUAAUCGUUUGCAAAUGGUUACUUUUUUUUGCAGAUCAUUUCUACAGAAAAACUCAAGAAGACAAACACAAACUGGGAUGGUUCUAUAGCAAUAUUUUUUUUUUUCUAAAAUGGCUUCAGCUUAAUUUGCUUAAUGUCUGCCAUCCACCCAGUUUCUCAGCUAGCUACUGUUCAGAUACUACACACACACACACUCAGAGCAUUUUCUGUGUGUAUGAGUCAAGCAUGGGUUAAGCUGAUAAGACAUAUGCUGCAAACACAGGGCGCAAAGGUUUAGAGGCAGUACCCAAGCACACUGUGGCUUCAGCACAUGUAUCGGCCACCAGAUCUGAAAGAUCAGAGAUGUACAUCCUGUGAGUAAACUGUUUGUAAUGUUUGGAAGGAAUCUGUGGCAUAAGCACACACCACAAUCACUGCUGAGAGAGAAAAACUUCUCAAAUAAAGUUACUGUAGACACACACUGAAUGGUUUCAGGAUGAGUUGAGUAAAAAUAAUAAAUAUAUAAAUUUAUAUAAAACAAAUAAUCA